AUGUUUUCCGCGCGUAUCGCUCUCCUCCUUUAUCUCAGUCGUUCCUUUCAACUUGUUAGCUGGUUGUGGUACCACAUUCGCUUUUUGCUGGUACAUUUUCCUAACUCGCUGUCCGGCCUUCAGAGGCAGACACAAGAUGAUCCUCCGUCGAUUUCUUCCAAUCGCUUCCGCGUUCUCCUUGUUCUCGCAGGCAUGCAACGCUCAAACUAUUACUCUGACAACUCAUUCAUUCAGUCGACCGUGACUGUUCAGCCUACACCAUGGACCGAUGCCGCAGCCAAUGGUGGUGCACCCUUCGUGAUUCGACUACAGCAAGUCGAUACCUCUGGCUACCCUGACCAAGAUACUGCUCCGUACUGGUUGACUGCUAAUGGAAACACGACUACCAACCAGUCGGUGGCGGCAGUUUACACGAUCAACGAAGGGCGACUUGCUAUUCUCAAUGGCAGUCAUGUUGCGACAAACUUCAACGUUGUUGAUCAAGCAUUUGGCGUCACUGAUUACGAUCUGCCUAUCAACACAACCUUCACUGUCAACAACGGGAUGUUGAACUGGACCAACCCGCUCUUCACCAAUGGUACGGCUCAGUUCUACAAGUUGCCUCCAGGUCUACUUGACAAUGCUUUGAUUCUGGCCAAGUUUCUCGGUCCCAUGGAGGCACAGAGAAGCUGGAGUCCUGUCAUACUCUAUGUUGAACCUGUGACCAACAAUGGCAUAGGGGUAGCAUCUUCUUCGACUUCUUCUGGGGCUUCGGGGGCUCAAUUGAGUACCGUAUCAAAUCUCUUGCCAGGUGGCGGUAGUUCAUCGCCAGCAGCAGUCGUGGCAUCCUCAAUUGCGUCCGAAUUAUCAUCACAGAUGGCUUCAUCUGUUUCGUCGAUGGGCUCGAUGUCUAGUCCUAUGACUCCUGGCAUGUCUUCAAGCAUGAUGUCUAGCCCAAUGGCAUCUGGAAUGUCUUCAGGCAUGAUGUCUGCUCCUUCGAUGAUGGAGUCCAUGACAUCGUCCUCGGCGAACGCUGUUAUGGAACCCAGCUCAGCUAUGGGUGGCAGUUCAGCCAGUACUCCUCUCAGCAGUUCGGCAUCGAUCAGCGGAAUUGGCCCUGUUGUUGUACCAAGCUCGAGCACCGCCAGUUCUGCUGCUUCGGCGAGCAGUAUGCCUCCUCAAACCACUUACUCCUGCCCUGUCAACAAUGGACAGACAGUUCAGUCGAACAUGGGAGGCACCUACCAACUUGGCUGCAAUGAAGCUUUGUCCGGUGGUGCAGCUACUCAAAUCGCUGGUUCAGCUACCAAUCUCAAUGGCUGUAUGACACUCUGCGAUCAGACCAAUGGUUGUACGGCAUGGACCUUCGAUGGUGUUAGCAGCUGUUACAUCGAAACUGGCACCUCUUCCUCCGGCAUCACGUUUCAACCUUCUACGACACAAGGCACCGUUUCUGGUAUCAGAAAUGUGCCGGCUCAUCCUGGCAGUGUUGCAAGCACCUCUUCCGGCGCCUCAAUGGCUUCUUCCGCUGGUCAGCCCGCCUCUUCUGGCAUUUCGAUGAUGUCCUCUGCGAGCCACUCUGUUUUGUCAGCCUUGAGUACAGGUUCAUCGUCAGUUGUUGGAGUCUCCUCCAUUGCUUCCAUUCUUUCCUCUGUAGCUUCAGGCUCAUCGUCGCUUGCUGUUUCGAGCCAUGCUCCGAGUGUGACAUCGAGCGCUUCAGCCAUGAGCAUGUCUUCUGUUGCUUCUCCUGUAUCUUCUGCUACAGGUGUAGUCAGUGUUUUAUCAUCUAUGGCUAGUAGCAGCUCGAUCUCCACGACGCCUCUUAUCUAUAUAUCCAUAGGCGGCCCCGGAGGAAGUGCCGGUUCAGUUUCCACAAGCAUGACCACUUCAAUGCCUACAAGCGGUAUCAGUUCGACUUCUACCACUGUUGUCGGUUCUGGAAGUGGUUCGUCUCUCUCUAGUGGUUCAGGCACUGUCACAAGUACAGGUUCAGCCCCAGGUGCGACCGUGUCGCAGACCAGCUACUCAUGCCCAGCAAACAACGACCAAACGGUCGUUGAUGCUAACGGAGCCACCUAUCUUAUUGAGUGUGGCUCAGACACGACAUUGGGUGGCAUCAAUUAUGGCUCUUCACCAGACUUUAAUGGCUGUAUGACAAUCUGCGACGGUGUUGAUGGCUGUGGUGGUUUCACGUACAACGGAAAUUGCUAUCUCAAGAACCCCGGCUCUGUUGGAAGCAUUCAAUUCGUUCCUAAUGCUGGUCCGAACUAUGUUGGCGGUAUCAGAAACGGUGUCGUUGGCGCUACAUCGACCACUUCUUCAGCACCGUCCGCUACUGUAUCGCUGACCGCCUAUUCGUGCCCAUCUGUUGACAACCAAACAGUCACCGAUGGUAAUGGUGCUAGCUACGAGAUCAGAUGUGGCUCGGACACGACCCUCGGCGGCGUUCUAGCUGGACCCUCACCAGAUUUCAAUGGAUGUCUGCUUUAUUGCGACGCCAGUUAUGGUUGUGGUGGUUUUGUCUACAACGGAAACUGUUAUCUGAAAAAGCCUGGCAACGCAAACCUUACAUUCAUACCUGCCGGUGAGAAUUCUGUUGCCGGUAUCAGGAAUGGACUGGCUUAUGGCUCCGGCCCGCCUCCAACUAGUACUCAGGCAACACCUACUUCUGCCGCUACUGGUGGUCCACCCAAGUGUCCCGCUAUGAAUGGCACAACCAUCACGGACUCCAAUGGUGCUCAAUACAGCAUCUCGUGUGGCAGUAACAGUGAUGGUGCACUCAUCUCUGUCGUUGCUGCUAAUGGCCAGGGCAUUAACGGAUGUUUCGCUGCUUGUGACAGCACUUCAGGUUGCGGUGCUUUCGUCUACUCGGGGGAUAGUACUAUGACCAUGGGCACCUGCUAUUUGAAGCAGUCUGCUGGCGCUACAUCAAGUGACAGUGGAAACACAAUCGCCUUGGCUAUCUUGGUCUCUCCUGCCACUGUUUCUGUAUCAAUGUAUCCUUCGACUGCAUCCACGCCUGCGGCUGCUGCUGCUUCAAGUGGUGGCAGCACUGGGGCCGGAAGUGGAAGUGGAAGUGGCUCUGGAGCUGCAGUGAGCAGUGCAAGUAGUAGCCCUGCUGCAAGCUCACCUGUCUGUACCGGUCCUCCUCUUCCCUCCGGAAGUGGUAGCUCUACAGUCGUCAACCCUGAUGGCUCAACGUCCACUUACAACGGUCUGCUGCCCAGUCCGACGCGCUGUGACUUUGGUGAUCCGAUCGACACUGAUGAAGACGACUCGUACUGUGAGAUCGAUCUUCCUUUCCAGAUGACGAUGUACGGUGGAUCCUCGUCCGCUACCUUCCCCUCCACGAAUGGUCUUCUCUCAUUGGUCUCGGGCACCACCGACUACGACAGCAGUCCCGGCCUUCCCAACCCUUACAUCCCGUUGUACGCCGCAGCUCCCUUCUUCGAUGAUCUGUUCAAAACGGGAUCCGAUCUCGAGCAGGGUAUCUUCUACACCUACACAUCCACGGCUGUCACUUACGAGUACCGUCUUAUUCGCGCUGGCACUACUGAGACUUAUCACUUUACCGUCAGCUAUGACAGUACCAAUCCAGGUGUCUUUGUCUAUAGAUACUACGAUAUUGGUCAGGCUCAAGGAUCGGCCAGUGCAGCCAUUGGUAUCCAAGGAUCGACCGAUGGUAGCACGCAAGUUGCGGUUCAAUUCUCCAACCAGCGUUUGGGUGCUGUUGUGGCCAAUUCGACAUUGACAUGCGAUACCGCCACCACCCCAGCCACUUGUGUCCUUUCCUGUUAA